GCCUUUCUGACAUUUUGUCCAGACGUACAUAGAUUUCGCCAUCAGGUCGACGACGUUGACUUCGGUAUCGCUUGCUCAUAAUUUCCGACCCAGCCAAUAAACUUUACCUGUCACGAGGUUUCUUCCCAAAAGAAACGCGAGCUUUUUCGCAAUCUAGCCGGGCUGCGCAAGACGGUCGGUGUUGGCUUUGGGUAACUUGGCAGAAAACGCUGGCACAUCCAUGAUCCAUCUACCAGGUUUCCUUGGGUACCUUCCUACCUAGUUAUAUACCGAAACCGGCCACGAUAGAUCUGUCUUCGGCAAGACGGCCGCCCGUCACUCCUAUCAGCCCUUUCUUACCUUAUCACCCAGAUUUCACCGUUUUAUCUCCCGGCCUCGCUUACGGAUGCCUUUCCCAGGCAGAUAUCUGAGCAAGAUGGCAUCCCUAAUACCGUUGAUCGAAGACAUCCUCCCAAUGAUCCUACCGGCAUCGGUCGCCGUCACAAAAGCCGCAGAUAUCUUACCGCCUGAUACCCAAGCCGGCGGAGACGGGGAUAGACCCGAGGUUCGCAUCAUUCGCAGGAAUGCAGUGAUCGACAAAACAGACAAGAUGUGCACAUCAAUCCUCAUCGUAAAACCAAACUCCUCCUCGACAGUGCAUCACCACGGCGAACAAGAAACCAUCAUCUACACAGUAUCGGGACAGGGCUCGCUCCUCUCGCAGCCGAAAGGGGACGACGAGGAGCCGGAGCGGCAUGAGCUCGGCCCGGGCGAUUUCGCCUUCAUCCCCGCUUGGACCGAGCACCAAGCAGUAAACAACUCGGAGACCGACUUUCAUUUGGUGAUUAUCCGUACCGGAGGCCGCCCGGUUGAGGUCGACCUCACUGGCUGGGGCGGCCCGCAGGUGGAGGAUGUUGCCAAACGAUGACGAGUCUUUUGCGCCCAGCGCCUACAAUGCCCAAUUUAAGAUAUCCCGUAGGACGGCACACUUGCUCUCCGAAUCUAUCAAAUAUAGUGGCUCAGAUGC